AUGGUGGGAGAUGCUUGGGGUAAACCACCAGGAGGAAUGUUAACAGGAAGUAUUGCAGCCUUUGGAUCUUAUAAAGAAUGUUUAGAUAUAGAAGCUAUAGAAAAUGGAAAGUUAAGAUUUAGAGGAAAAUAUUGUUUAUACGAUUUUCGCCCUUUAGUACCACCAAAACCUAGAUUUUACACUCAUAAAUCUAUUGUACCUGUAUUAAAAAAUCUCAGUUUAUCAGGAACUGUUCAAGGUGAAAAUGCAAAACUGGCUCAUUAUUUUUACUUUCUUAGCAUGAGAUUUGGAGUAUGUUUUCCUUCUACAUUGGGAGAUGCUUGGGGUAAACCACCAGGAGGAAUGUUAACAGGAAGUAUUGCAGCCUUUGGAUCUUAUAAAGAAUGUUUAGAUAUAGAAGCUAUAGAAAAUGGAAAGUUAAGAUUUACAGGAAAAUAUUGUUUAUACGAUUUUCGCCCUUUAGUACCACCAAAACCUAGAUUUUACACUCAUAAAUCUAUUGUACCUGUAUUAAAAAAUCUCAGUUUAUCAGGAACUGUUCAAGGUGAAAAUGCAAAACUGGCUCAUUAUUUUUACUUUCUUAGCAUGAGAUUUGGAGUAUGUUUUCCUUCUACAUGCACCAAUAAUGAUAUAUUAAAUAUAUGUUCACAAUUUCCAAAACAUUUCGAAAUAGCUGGAUAUUCGAAUGUUCCUCAUUGUGAAAUUAAAGAAUCAAAGAAAAUUUCUCCAUUUCAAGCGACGUAUAUAGCUAUUGUAUCAUUCCUUGGACUAAUAACACUUAUAAGUACUUUACUGGACGUAAUUUUGACAAGGAAAGCAAUGCAGAAAUCAUCAUUUUACACUUCCACAACUAUGAGAGUGUUUCUUUGUUUCUCAUUAAAGAAGAAUUUCCCGAGAUUGAUGAGUACAGACAUUGCACCAGAUGCUCUUCCAUGUCUUUAUGGCUUUCGAUUUUUUACCAUAUGUUGGGUCGUUGUUUGUCAUUCUUACUUGUACGUCAAUUAUGGCACGCUAAGUGAGUAUUUUAUAGAAAAUAUUACUAAAACAAAUAGUGUCUUAACUUUUUCUAUGAGAGUGUUUCUUUGUUUCUCAUUAAAGAAGAAUUUCCCGAGAUUGAUGAGUACAGACAUUGCACCAGAUGCUCUUCCAUGUCUUUAUGGCUUUCGAUUUUUUACCAUAUGUUGGGUCGUUGUUUGUCAUUCUUACUUGUACGUCAAUUAUGGCACGCUAAAACACGCCAGCAUGGUUGGAGAAGUUUUUUCUGAAAGUAUACCAUUCCAAGUAGUACUAAAUUCGGCUCCUGCCGUCGAUUCUUUCUUUUUCUUGAGCGGUUUUCUUUCUGUUUAUGGUAUUUUGAAAGCAAAAGAGAAGGGGAUACAUUUAGAUAUUAAACUGUACAUAUUUCAUCGUUUAUGGAGAUUAAGUCCUGCAUAUUUUAUGAGUGUGGCAUCCAUGUUCUUUUUACCAUUAUUGGGAAGUGGUCCAAUUUGGCACGUAACUUUAGAUUUUUUUCUCGAUAAAUGUAGAAAAAAUUGGUGGACCAAUUUAAUUUUCUUAAAUAACUUCAUUAAUUCUGACGAAAUGUGCAUUGAAUCAUCAUGGUAUAUGGCUGUAGAUUUCCAGCUUCAUCUAUUGGGUCUUGCCGUGUUAAUACCUUUAAUAAAAUGGCCCGUCAUCGCUGUUAUUACUGGAUCUUUUAUCACUGCAGCUGCAACCAUUACUGCCGGUCUCAUUAACUACUUUAACGAUUUACCACCCACACCACUAGCCGGAACACCAGAUCCAGAUGACAGGGCUUACGCAUUGUCUCUGCAAUACUUCAAACCUUACAUUCAUAUAGGGCCUUACAUGGUGGGAAUGGCUCUUGGAUAUCUAUUUUUGAGGAAACCAAAGAUACAAAUUAAACCAAUUAUUCAAAUUGCUUUAUGGCUGUCUUCUACUGCCAUUGCUAUGUCAAUAGUUUAUUCCACUGCACCAUGGAAUGGUGGAUAUGGUUACUCUGUGGAAAUUGCUACGAUUUAUUCAGCAUUUUCUAAAACUGCCUGGUCACUUUCUGUGGCAUGGUUAAUAUAUGCUUGUAUUACAGGCCAUGCAGGAUUUAUAAAUACCAUACUCAGUUGGAAAGCGUGGAUUCCUUUCAGUAGGCUAAGCUUUACAAUAUAUUUAAUUCAUCCAUUAGUCCAAUGGGUAUACAUGGCUUACCAACACGAAAGAAUGUAUCCAUCCCAUCACACUGGUAUAUACCUGAUAUUUGGUCAUUUUAUGAUAUCUUUGGGAAUUGCUCUUGUCGUUUCUUUAAUGUUAGAAUCACCUUUUAUGAAUUUGGAAAAAAUUAUAUUUUCUAGGAAAAGAAAUGAAUCUUUUGACGUAAGUUCUAAUGGAAAAUUAGAUUCUUUAGCUAAAAACAGCGAAACUGAAAUGAAACCAAGAUUCAUAUCACAAAAUUCGAAUGGAAUUACACAUGGAAUAACGAAUAAUGGAGGAAUCGAAAACAAAGGAUUUUCCAGUCAUCUGUAAAGCUGUAACACAUCAUUAGCACACAUUUAUAAACCAUUCUAAGUGUAGCACCAAUGUUGUAUGUUAUAUAAUCAAUUUAAUUUCAUACAUUUACACACGUUUUUUUUGUCACCAUUGUUAUAAAUAAUUGUUUACAAUACAUAAUUUCAUAUAUUUUCUAGUAAAAAAGUUUAUCAACAUUGUUUUUAUUUUAAUGUUUUAAAAUCAAAUGUGUUUAUAUUAUUUUAGAAUAUUUAAAAUAGACAUUCUUUGUAUAAUAUUGAGAGCAAUUAUCGAACAAAUUGUUAUUAUGUAUAAUUUUUAUAAUUAAAUAUUUUAAAAUAGC